AUGUGUAUAUUUACGACUAAUAUCUAUCUAUCUAUCUAUCUAUCUAUCUAUCUAUCUAUGUCACAUCACACUGUCUUUCUGUAUAUCUACUGUAAUCUCUAUUUCUUUUCGUAUUUAUUUCAAUCUCCACAAAUCCACAAAUCUAUCUAUCUAUCUAUCUAUCUAUCUAUCUAUCUAUCUAUCUAUCUAUCUUAUUCAUUCUAUUUAUCUAUGAGAGCCCAGUCUCUCACUCUCUGUGUCUCUUUGUCUCUUUUUCAUUCGCUCUCUCUUUUCUCUCUCUCUAUCUAUCUAUCUAUCUAUCUAUCUAUCUAUCUAUCUAUAUAUAUAUAUAUUUACGAUUAUCGGAUACUCCGCCCGCCAAACUCAGACACCGCUACACCUGUCAUUAAUAUGCCUUCUAUAAGUAUGCGUAAGCGUCUCUACUUUAUCUAUCUAUCUAUCUAUCUAUCUAUCUAUCUAUCUAUCUAUCUAUCUUAUCUAUCUUAUCUAUCUAUCUAUCUAUCUAUCUAUCUAUCUAUCUAUCUAUCUAUCUUAAUUACCUAUCUCACUCAAUCUAUCUAUCUAUAUAUCUAUCUAUCUAUCUAUCUAUCUCAAUAUAUUAAUUAUGUAUCUAACAAUCUUUCUUUCAAUCUCAUCUCUUUUCUAUCUAUCUAUCUAUCUAUCUAUCUAUCUAUCUAUCUAUCUAUAUUACCUAUAUCUAUCUAUCUAUCUAUCUAUCUAUCUAUCUAUCUAUCUAUCUAUCUAUCUAUCUCAAUAUAUUAUGUAUCUAACAAUCUUUCUUUCUUACUUUCUUUCUAUCUCACCUCUUUUCUAUCUAUCUAUCUAUCUAUCUAUGAAUCUCAGUUUGUUAAUAUCUAUCAAUCUAUCUUCAUAUCUUUUUCUUACUCUAACGUCAUGGCAGGCCUGAAAGCUGAUGCCUAG